UUUCACUACUGAUUGCAACUCCUCUUUCUCAGUAAAUCUCUCGUUUGCAGAUAAAUCAUCUUGCAAAUAAUUUCCAAGAAUUAGGAUCAUGAAAUAGCUGAAUUAUGAGAUAUCUAGUUUCUCUUUCACCUACUAUUUUCUUUUCUACUUAAGAGAGAAAGGCUCUCUUUCACUUUCUUAUGUGGAGCAGCAACACAGAGAGCAGCCACUUCUUCAGGAGAUGGCAUCUGUUAAGAUGUGGUAAACCAUAACUAGUGAUGAAAGGCUGAUGAGCGGUCAGUGCACCCUACAGCAUCUCUUCCUGUCUAUCAAUGAGAAGAAAGAUGGGUCAAGAAACAAAACAUCCAGGAACCAGCAAAGAGGAAUUCAUCGAAUCUUUAAGCUUUAAUAAAGCAAAGAAAGAUUAUCAAGCUUUCGCCAGGAAACAGGGGUAUGAGAAGACAGGACUGGCUGUUAUCUUGAUCCUCCUGGUGGUUGUAAUUGGCUUGGCAACUGCUCUGGGAGUCAAAGGUUCAUCUUGUGAGGAGAUUGUCACUUAUGCCUUGUGUCCCGAUGGAUGGAUUGGAUACUUGGGAAAUUGUUACUACUUUUCUGACGAUGAAGCAGACUGGCUUUCUAGCCUGAGAAACUGCUCUGCACUAGGGGCCUCUCUGUCAGCCAUCGAAACCAAGCAUGAAAUGGCUUUCUUGCUGCGUUAUAAGGGUCCCAUUUAUCACUGGAUCGGUCUAAGGAAAGAACAAAGGAAGUCUUGGGAAUGGGCAAAUGGGGAAGUCUUCAACAACACACUGUUUGAGAUUGUCGAAGGAGGGGACUGUGCCUACCUGAAUGACGUGGCGGUCAUGUCUUCGUGGUGCAGGACCAAGAAGAACUGGAUUUGCAGCAAGCCGGAUGCUUCUGUGCACCGAAGGCAGCCUAUGGAAGAGACAGGUGUAAAGCAGGCCUAUAUGAAUGAAAGUCAUAUGUAAGAGGAGAGGGCAACAAACUUUAUAAAUCACAUUUAAUGAUAUGCUCAUGAUUAUAUAUGUUAUUUCUACCAAAACUAGGCCAGAUACUUGACUUCCAAGCAUUUCAUAGCAUUCUGAGCAUUAAAAUCUCAUUCUUUUAAGAAGUCACAUGAUGGGAAAAUGUAGAACCAGUGUUCUAGAGCAUGGGAGGACCAGCUGUUGGGAGUGGCCAGAUCUCGAGAACAGAAAGAAAGCAAAGUGCCUCUGACUGUACAACACAAAGAUAGUGGUGGCUCUUUAUUUAUUUAUUUAUUUAAUUACAUUUUUAGACCGCCCUGCCCGUAAGACAGGCUCAGGGCGGUUUGACAACAAAUUAAAAACAGUAAAAACAUUAUAAAAAAUUAAAACAUCAUAUAAAAAACCAUUAAAAUUGGCGGGUGUAGAAUAUUAAAUAUUAAAAUGCAGCAUUGUCCUGCAUGGGUGGUGGAGGGUCUUCAGUGGUAUGGCCAGCGAGAGGACAGCCUAGCCCCCACCAAAUGCCCGGUGGAACAUCUGUCUUGCAAGCCUGGCAGAAAGAUAAUAAAUCCCACCAGGCCCUAGUUUCCUCAGAGAGUUCCACCAAGUCGGAGCCAAGACCGAAAAGGCCCUGGCUCUGGUAGAGGCCAGGCGGACCUCCCUGGGGCCAGGGACCAUCAGCAAGUUCUUAGUGGCUGAUCGAAGCAACCUCCGGGGAACAUAUGGGGAGAGUCGGUCCCGAAGGUAUGCUGGGCCCAGUCCGCAUAGGGCUUUAUAGGUCAACACCAAAACCUUGAACCGGACCCGGUACUCAAACACUUUAGGUGUUUACUGCUUUCAACCAAGCAGCUGGGUCUCUUUGAUCCACCUGAGAGACCUCCUAAUAUAUGGUUCAGGACAGUUGGUCCAUGGAGUUGUGGCUUAAUUGUUUCUAAUAAUGGUCACUCCCUGUGUAGAACCAAUGAGUCAACAAGAGAGGUCAGUGCUUUUGAGAAAUAAUCGCCUUCUGUCUGACUGACCCAUGAGUGAUAGUUAGAAGAAGAAAUAUGAGUUAAUAGAUGUAUCUAGGGCUGAACAAAGCUUUUUGUGCCAUUGCUGAGGGAUUUCCAUAAAUCAUGGAUUACCCAUCAUGGCAAAAGUGUUGUGGAGAUGUAUGGACUCUAAAUGUCAGGAAAGCUCCCACUCUCCUGGCUUUCACAAGCUGUGCAAAACUGAAUUAUUUUAGUUGGCUGGUCUUGUGACCGUAAUAAACCCUUUGAUUGAAUAAUUCAGAAGGGCCUGUUCAGAGAGAGGUGUUGGUAAAGGGAUAAGUAUACUACUGUGAACUGUCUGUCAUAUUCUAUUGUGUACUGCCUAUUGCAAGUAUGCUCCUACUGUCAUAUCAAGCUGCUUAUACUUCGUUUCAGCAUUUCCCCCUGCUAUUCUUCAAAUUUCUAUUAUCCUUACUUUAUUGUAUUGUUCAAUGAAUGUCCCAGUCAAUGACUGAAUUGAUUUAUACUGAGUAAUCCACCUUAAGUCUCAGUGAGAAAGGUGAAGUAUAAAUAAUUUUUUUAAAUUAAAUAUAUUUCAGUUACUCUUGAGAAUGUCAGAUUUGAUUUUAUUGACAUGCAGCAUUGCAGGAAAUAUAGGAACAAUCAGCAGCACCAGAAAAAUUCUUGCCCAAUAAAACAAGUUGAAUCUUUUUUUCAACAAAA